ACAGCCGCUUCCAGUACCACAGCCACAUGUGUUGAAAGAGUCGAUUUAUCGCAACAAUUCUCCUAUAAAAGCGUCUUGGAAAGGAUUGAUUGCUUUAUGGACGAAGAAAGCUUUGUGAAAGGAAACACCCCGAUAACAUUUUCAAUUCUCUAAACGUUGCUACAUCCAAUAAUGUCUCUCCUGGAGACGAAUGAAGUGAAAACAGACCUAGAAACACAACCUGUGUUCAGUGAAGACGAGUUAAAUGACUGUAAACCAGAGAAAGAUGAAGAGGAGAAAGCAGACAGUGCUGAAGAAGAUGAGCAGGAGAUGAACUCUGAGGAAGACAUUAAUGAUGGUGAAGCUUUUCACAUGGAGAUUGAAGAUGAUGAUGAUGAUGAUGAAGAAGACGAGUCUGACAAGCCAAAGGGCAAGAAAUGUGUUCCAGGUAUCGUGUAUUUGGGACACAUUCCUCCAAGGAUGAGACCGAAACACAUGCGGAAUCUCCUGAGUGCGUAUGGAGAGAUCGGGAGGAUCUUCUUACAGCCUGAAGAUCGAUGUGUAAAAAGAAAGAAAAAGAAGGCCGGCUGCAAAUCAUCCAGUUUUACAGAGGGCUGGGUGGAAUUCAGAGACAAACGGGUCGCUAAGAGAGUCGCGGCCAGUCUUCACAACACACCCAUGGCCAACCGGAAGAGGAGCCGCUUCAGCAGUGACCUGUGGUCCAUCAAAUAUCUGCACAGGUUCCAGUGGUGUCAUCUCAGCGAGCGUUUGGCCUACGAACAGACAGUUUAUCACCAGCGCAUGAGGACCGAAAUCUCUCAGGCUAAGAAGGAGACCAACUUCUACCUGGCCAGCGUGGAAAAGAGCCAGAGCCUGGAGAAACUCCGGAAGAAGAGGGCGAAGAAGGGAGAGGUCGUGGAGGAGAAAACGUGGGACUACAAACAGCGUCCUACAGAGGAGGAGAUCCACCUGAAACGCUUUAAGAGCAAAGGCAUUUCCAAGAAGAGCCUCCAGAAGGCGCAAGAGAAGAGCAAAAGCAUCCAGGACAAAGCACAAUCCAACGUAUCCCUCCUGGCCAAGAUCUUCAGCAGUAGCAAAGCCCGGGAUUGAUGCGCUGAGAACGUUCAGGUGCUUUCAGCUUUCGUUGACACCACAGAGUAUAAUCAAGGAGUUUUCUUGUGUAUUUGAGAUGCAUUUUUCAGAUUAUUUGGCAACGUACAGAUUCUAAACUCAUGUUUUGCAGCAUUUUUGACAGAAUAGAUGUAACUCACAUGCAGAGUGUUCUGAUUUAUAUAUCUCAGCAGUAAAAACGCUGCACUAUCAUUCUGAAAAAGUCUUUAUUUUCCCUUGAAAAGAAACUGAAUGUCAAAUUUUGUUGAAAAACAAGGCUAAAAAUCUGUCAUUAUUAAAAAAAACGACUAAUAUCCCAA